AUGCUAAGCCCACUUCAUCCAGCCCAACAGAAAAAACGCACCCGAUCACUCAACUACGAGCACUCCUCCCCACUUUUUACAAAGAAUGAAAACAAAAUCGCAUCGAAACCGACAAUUUAUGCGUAUUCGUACGACAAUAAAUACUCACAAGAAGAAUUCCUUGCUUCCCUAUUCUUCGAAACUAACUCAGAACUACUCAAAGCUUAUUAUUGGACCCUUGGCAAUAAUACCCACUUCGAGCAAUUUACUCUGUUGAACUACUUUUCAACACGUGGGAAGCUGUGUUUGUUGUUUGAAAACGUCGUCGACUUUGAGUUUGAAAACCCCCCCGAAAACAUUUUGACUUUUUUGACACAUUCGCACUUUGUCCAGAUGUACAACAUUUACUUGCAACAUUAUUGUGCUAAGUCUAUAUAUGAUAUCACACAAAAAGUGGUUAAGAGGAUCGAAGAACUUAAUGAAGAAACACAAACCCUAUCUUUUCAAGAGAUCAUACACUCGCUGUGUAAUGUACUCUAUACAACAGUAUUUCAAAUACCUGAGCACUUGGCUAUAUUACUCAAAAUAGUGUUUCUUAAAGUCCAAGAGAGUUAUGGGAAUAACCUUGCAGUCCAUUUCUUUGUAGUUUUAUUCUUCAAACAUUACGUCGCAAUUCCUUUCAUCAAAUUCGCACCAUUCAAAACUGCGUUGAUUAAAUUGGCGACGUCGUCUAUGAAUAACAAAACAGAGAGAUCCGCUAGAAGUUUGUUGAAUGUGUCAUACUUCUUGCUAUCGACUUUUGUUCAUUCCCCUGUUAUUACAUCCACUAAAAUCAGUCCCCCAUGCCAAAUCACUAAAACGCGAGAAAAUAUGGUCAAAGUCAUCAAACAAAAUUUCAAGGAACUUGUGAAAGCAAAUGUCAGUGUGAUAGCUUUGGACACCAUCACUAGCAAAAUUGGCGACUCUGGAAAUCAUCUCGACUACCAAAAGACUUCGGAGAAGUGUGGAGAAGUCUCCGAGUUUUUUACUGAGAGAAUGGAUAUUGCAGUACAAUACAAUGAGAGUCUUAAGACUGAAGUUCAGAGGAUGGAGAAGAUUAACAAACGACUGAGAGAAAAGAUCAAAGAGGCGCAGUACAAUGAAUACAAUGUAUUGUGA